GUUCGGUUGUAAAAAAAUCGACGCGGUACGUUCUCACUUGAUUACUUUUUUUAUAAAGAGGCCAAAGCUUCGUUUUUACUGACCUCAUCCUUCUUUUUAUAAGCACACAUGCACACCUUCGCCUCCAAAACCCUGUCUCUCCUUUCAUUUUAGGAGUCACAGAGCUUUUCCGGCGGAGGAGCACGUCGAAGAAGCGGCAGAACCUCACAAUAUUCAAUUCCAAUGGCCGCUAUCUUCCGUACACUUCUUUUGCUUCUUACACUAUCAGAAUCAUUUAUCGGUGUCUUCACCAUUGGAGUCGGAGUCAACUAUGGACGAAUUGCCAACAAUCUCCCACCUCCAUCUCAAGUAUCAACCCUUCUUAGAUCUUUAAACAUUACUAGAGUAAAAGUCUAUGAUGCCGAUCCACAAGUGUUACAAGCAUUUGCAGGAACAAACAUCGAAUUCAUCAUUGGUUUAGGAAACGAAUACCUUCAAAGAAUGAGAGAUCCUCAACAAGCUCAAACAUGGAUUCAACAAAACGUACAACCAUACCUCUCGCAAACCAAAAUCACCUGUAUCAACGUCGGCAAUGAAGUUCUCGGAGGACAAGAUACUCAAUUAGCAUCAUAUCUCCUUCCCGCCAUGAAAACCAUGUAUGGAGCUUUAGUCAAUCUCGGAUUAAGCAAACAAGUUUACAUAACCACUGCUCAUUCCCUUCAAAUCUUAGCAACUUCUUUCCCACCUUCUCAAGGGACAUUUCAGGAAAACCUAAUUCAAUACAUUCAACCAAUUCUAAACUUUCACGCUCAAGUCGAUUCCCCUUUUUUCAUAAACGCAUACCCUUAUUUCGCAUACAAAGGUGAUCCAAACAAUGUCCCUUUAGAAUACGUUCUUUUUGAACCGAAUUCUGGAUCAAUUGAUCCACAUACGAAUCUGAAAUACGAUAAUAUGUUAUACGCACAAAUCGACGCUGUUUAUUCAGCGAUAAAAGCAUUAGGUCAUACUGAUAUUGAAGUUAAAAUUUCUGAAACUGGUUGGCCUUCAAAGGGAGAUGAAAACGAAGCUGGAGCAACUGUUCAAAACGCUGGAAUUUAUAACAGAAAUUUGAUGCAAAGAAUGCAACAAGGAGAAAGUACUCCUGCAAGACCUUCGCAACCUAUUGAUAUUUACGUUUUUGCCCUUUUCAAUGAGAAUCAGAAGGAUGGGCCCACAUCAGAGAGGAACUUCGGAUUACUACUCAUCUUCCAUGAAAAACGGUUUAUCUAUCUUGAGUCAUCUCGUUUUGCUUAUUGGAUCCCUAGUGUAUUUUCUUGCGAGAUGAAUAGUUAUAAUUUGGUGACAAGUAUACAAAGAAACGUGACUCAAGAGGAUGAUUAUUUGAGGUGAGAUUUAAGGAUUCAGAUUUUCAUAUUCAUGGAUGAUACAUCAAUAUUUUCAAAGCAGUGGGAACCUGUCGUCUUCGUAGUACACAUUUUUAGAACAUGGUUACAUACUUCAAUACAAUAUUUAUUGUUUUUGUUUUAUAGUAUAUUAGAAAUUCGUUAUUAUGUUUAUACGCAAUGAUAUAUUAUUAUAGUUUAUAUUUAUAUCAAUAAAAAAGAGGGAGAUAUAUAUUCUUGAAACAUUUUAGAGGUUUAUUUUAUUGUCAUCAUGUAUUUGUUUGUUGUUGUUAUUAUUAUUAUUAUUCAAUGUUAUCUCUUUUGUUUAUUGUA